GCCAGUGGGGACCGGGCGUGCACGGUCUUGUCUGUCAGUCCGAUCGAUCGUAUUGAUGCUACCACUUGUAUGUAAAGGCGACACUGGGGACGCGUACAUUUGCACUUGGUAGCAAGCCUCGUCAGGUGAGAUCAAGCCCAUACUCAUGUCUGAGCGGCUGUGGGGUGUACUUAAAGCCCGAGGUGUGCAGCGUGACACAUUGGAAAAAAUGCAGAACGAAAAGAUUGACGAGGAUGUCAUUAUUGAAAUGACGGAUGAAGAACUCAGCGAGUACAUUCCUCGUAAGGGUGACCGAGUUGUCGUUAAGGCUUUCGUCCGGAAGGAGAACAGUGAAACUCAAACUCAGAAGAGGAAGUUUACACUGCUCGAGAGCUUGAGGUCCCGAAUGGCAGGAAAGUCAGGGAAAAAAACAGCCAGACUUGUAAGUGACAGCGAGGAAGAAUAUGAGAGUUCUGCCCCCGGGCCAAGUGACGGCGGUCAGUCAAACAGCACGCAGAAAUCAGCAGAAACAAAGAGGGGCCCGAGAGGCAAGAAAGCGAAAGAGGCAUCAACAAGUUCAAGGUCCCUAAUAGUCGGGUUCUCUGUUUACGAGGCUACAGAGUCCAGGUACAAGCAGGUACGCGCCCCCAUGGGUGGGGGGAUACGUCACAUUACUGUCGACAAAAAUACACCCAAAAGAAAAUUGCUACAUACCCUUUGCCCCUUGUUUUUUCAAGAUGGAAAAAACUGUCAUGGUUCGCUCGGGGACUUCCAGUUAGAUGUCUCCACAGAUGUGCAUGGUAGCCAACCCGUUCACGAGAACGAGACUAUUCAACAUUUGAUCGACAGACUUGGUCUAAAACACGUACGAUGCUAUCUCCUGGCCAAAUCAGUAGACCUGGAUGAAGAUAAGUCAGCAAGUGACCCUGCAGAAGACAGCCUGGAAGAUCUACCUGAUAUGUUUGCUCACAGACGUCGGAGAGGAGAGGAAAACCUCAUGCCAACAGCCAUUGAUUCGAGCCAAGAGGAGGUACCGAGCACAAGUGACGGCCACCACAUUUCUCAUGGGCAACCUAACUCGGAGCGAUACCGUCCGUUGAAUCAAGGUGAUGAGAUGACAGUUGACAAUGAAGUCAUCGUGCAGACUGCUGAUGACUCAUCGCCCUCCAACAACCCACUGUUGUCCGAAGCUGCUGAAGACCGCGUUGAAUUAGAUGUCCAGUCAGUAUUUGCUGCAACGUUGGACUCGGAUGCUGUGAAUCUCACUCCACCAACCUAUAACAUUCCUGACGAAUUCAUUCAAGAGGACCAACUGGCUCGAUUAAACGACGACGACUCCGGUAUCAUUCAGUUUGGCCCCUUCCCAGCAGCAGUGGAACUGGACUUAAAUGCAACACAGCCAUUGGUAAAAGAAAUAAAAGUGCACCGUGGCAACGUUUGUCAAGAAAUGGUAACAUUUUUCUCGAAAGAGGAGAACGUCAACCUGAGAGGAACAACCUUCGAAGUGAAGAUGCUGAAGUCAGAUGGAAGCACAGAGAUGGCUGAAGACAACGGAGGAGUCUUGAGGGAUGCACUUACUGAGUUUUUCGACAGCUUUUAUUUGCAGUACACAAUCGGCAACUCGGUAGCCGUACCGGUAUUACGCCAUGACAUGACCAAGGUCCAUUGGUCGGCAGUGGGAGAAGUAAUCCGCUUAGCAUUCAGACAGGAGGGAAUAUUGCCGGUCAGGCUUGCUCUGCCUUUCAUGCAACUGGCAUUUUUUGGGACACCCGAUGACCCACUAGACGCGUUCAUGCAAUUGCUCCCGGAUGUCGACCGAUUGCUGCUUGAAGAUGCAAUGAGGAGUGUUUCAUCUGUCGAUGCAGAUGACUUGAUGGAUUUCAUGGAACGACACGAUGCCAGACGAAACCUUACAGACGAGAACAUCGAGAAAUCACUUACCGAGAUGGCAAAUAAGGAGAUGCUUCAAGUACCACUAUUUGUGGCGCUGUGUUGGCGACCAAAGCUGAAAUCUCUCGGCCUCUCACGACUCCAGCUCCGUCAGAUUUAUGACAACCUGAAGCCAUCAACCAGGAAGGUAUUGAACAUAUUGGAAUUUCCCAAACCAAUGAACACAGAAGAAGGCGCCUUGAGUUCCUCACUUAAGAGACUGGUGAGGGAGAUGGAUCAGAAUCUGCUCGGCCUGUUCUUGCGAUUUUGCACAGGGUCCGACCUCGCGGUCAGAGAGAAGAUCACCACCAGGUUCACCGAGUCAGAGAUUCGCUGCCCCACAGCACACACAUGUGGGUGUGUUCUGAACAUUCCGCGCUCGUAUGCGGCACUGCCUUAUAUCACAUUGAAGUCAGAAUUCACCACCCUCCUUCGCAACAGAUACUGGCAAAUGGACAUCAUCUAAAAGCCGUGUCACCCUUCUUCUAUUUCAUUAACAGACAACCUAUAUCAAUCCCCAUACAUGCACUCUUGUUUCACUGCAGUAGUAGUUAAUUAGGUGAUUUGGAAGUGUGCUUUAUGUUAUACAUGAUUUGUAUAUUGUAUUAUGUACGUGCUUGAAACGAAAAGUCAUUUUGUUCUUUUUGUAUCAUCAUGAGGAGAAGUAACCUUCAGUAUAACCUUCAGUAACAGUUGCAUUGCCAUAAUUUUUGUUCAUGAUCUAUUAUGAUGAGAAGUAUCCAUCAGUAACAGUUGUAUUUUUUUCAUUUGCGCUGCCAUUUUGUUCAUUAUGUAUUAUGAUGAGAAGUAUCCAUCAGUAACAGUUGUAUUUUUUUCAUUUGCGCUGCCAUUUUGUUCAUGAUGUAUUAUGAGGAGAUGUAUCCUGCAGUAACAGUUGUAUUUUUUUCAUUUGCGCCGCCAUUUUGGUUGAGGAGAAGUAACCUUCAGUAUAACCUUCAGUCAGAGUUGUAUUGCCAUAAUUUUGGUUCUUUUUUAAGUAGGCCUAUCCUUCAGUAACAGUUAUAUUUUUA